UUAUUUGUCGUUUACAAGGGAAUGUCCACUAGAAAACCAACAAGUUGACACUCAAAAGCACACCAAUAAAAUAUAUCACUCUUUUGUUAAUAAUCACUAAAACCCAUAAACAAUGAAAAAGUCGCAGGAAGAGCUGAACAAAGUACCCAACGUCACGGGCAUCGAGCCGCCCACCAAUUCAGUGAUGCAAGGUAAAAGUAAGAGGAAGGAGUUCACUCCGUUUGCAAGGAUAAACAGACUGAAGUUCAAGUCGAGGGAAGCGUUACCAAUCUCUACCAGGGACUACGGGCUAAUGCGGUCUACGAAUAAGUCAUCGACUCCAUUUCCUCGUGCCGACCAGGGUGUGGAUGCCAAUUUACUAAAGGCUCGCCUCAAUAUGCGUCGGGAUUACCAGAACCGACGACCUGAUCCAUUCUCCAAGCUACCCAAAAGGACAGACAGUCCCAGUAUCAGCGACGCGGAGUCCCAUGAUUAUGAUCAGUUAUCCAUGCGCCAAGCCUCAAGGCCUUCGGUCAGCGUUUUUCGUCGCCAGUCGCUCACCAAGGAUAAUUACAAGGAAAUACUGUCCCUCGGCACCCCGCAUCCCAAAAAGGGCGUGGCCCUAAAUGCCAAGAUGCUGACCAGGCGACUGACCGACAUAAAUGGUCAGCUUAAGUUGCAGCAAGUGCCUAGCCAACAGUCACCUCCAAGUCCACCUCAUCGAAGUCAGAGGCCGAGGAAAAAGAAGGUCCUAAUGUCGGGAAACGCCGAAAGUCUGUCCUUGAUGAUCCCCACCAAGGACUCGCCGGUUGGGGAGCUGGUCAGUCAGAGCUUGAGCCGGCGGUUGACCCAAAUGGACUACGAUGCCUCGCAAAGCUCGUUCAGCGGGGAGUUCCAGGAGCCGGAGCUGAGUUUUGCGGAGCGGCGGAGGCUGUUUCACGAGGGCGAGUUCACCAUCGCAAAAUACGGCCGGAAAAUGAGUGACGUGAUGAUGGCGGCCCCGGAGGCGACCGAAGAAGUGCUCGACAAUAGCAUGCAGUUCGCCCAAAGGGCCAAGGAGGAGCUCGAGACCUACAUGAAGUCGCAGGGUCUGAUCAAGAUCUCCAACGACCAGGUCACCAUGACCCGCAACAUGCUCCGUGGGUCAGUGCGAGCAAGCCCAACGGGAUCGUCGGAGCUUCCUUGGGAGAGACGUUUUAAAAGCAAGUCAGAUAAAUCUGUCGAGCCCGUAGGCCAAACUGAUUCGAUGUAUCUUGGCUAGCAGGAUUACCGGGGGAUGCUAUUCGAGAUGCUUUGGAGCAUGUAUUGUGAAAAAUUUUGGUCAACUUCAUUCACUCAAUACAUAUUUUAAGCUCA